UGUGUGUGUGCUGCUGGGCAGGCAGGGGGCUGGAUGUGGGAUGUCGGUGACUCCAGGGGGGCAGCAGGGUAUAUGUGUGUGUUUGUGAGUGUGUUUGAGACUCGUCGAGCAGCAGGGGGAACUUGAAAACUUCACCGUGUUCAGCGAGGCAGAUCUGUGAUCGAACAAGAGCUGCAUCGGCUCCAGUCCCGGUGUGAUCGACAGAGGAGGACCGGUCCGGUUCUCAGCGUUGGAAACGAUUUCCGGCCAACAUGGAUGAUUUAGAUGCUUUGUUGGCGGACCUUGAGUCCACAACAUCCCACAUUUCCAAGCGUCCGCUCUUCCUGUCUGACGAGACCGCCUACUCCUUCCCUGUUGGGGAUCAGAACCAGCAAGACCUCUGUUCUCCACCCCAAGUCCCACCCACGCCCUCUGAGCUAAACGGACUUGAUGAAACAGAGUCCUUCAGCUCAGCUCAGAGAAGUCCAUGGUCUAGAGAUAGCAGCAGUCCAACUCAACCAAUUGGCGAAGAGGACCACGUAUACAGUUUCCCUAAUAAGCAGAAGAAUAGUGAGUCAUCAGCUAUUGCCAUGAACUCAUCCUUGGGCAGCAACCUGUCUGAGCUGGACCGUCUGCUGCUGGAGCUCAAUGCUGUCCAGCAAAGCACCCCUGCCUUCCCUACAGAAGAAGAAGCAGCUCCCCCACUGCCUGCCAGCAGCGUCAUCCACCAUGUCCAGGAGAAUGGAGUCUGUACUGCAGGCAAGGCUGCACCACCUGUACUGGAGAAGCCCAAGCGCAGUGCUGCCGCUCGGGGAAUAGAGGAUGUACGACCAAGUGUAGAGAGCCUUCUGGAUGAGCUGGAAAAUUCUGUGCCCUCACCCAUUCCCACACCGUUGGUUGUGUCAGACGAUCAAACCGAUGGACAGGAGGAAACUCCAGCACAGCAGCAAGCCAGAAUGUCUGCCUCCUCUGCCACACGAGAGCUGGAUGAGCUAAUGGCCUCCCUAUCUGACUUCAAAGUCCAAAGCAAUAUCCAUCCCCAGGGAACGACUUCUCCCACCGGUCCCCCUAAACCAGCCAACAAGCUGGACAACAUGCUUGGAAGCCUGCAGUCCGACCUCAACAGACUCGGAGUCCAGACGGUGGCUAAAGGUGUCUGCGGAGCCUGCAAGAAACCCAUUGUUGGGCAGGUGGUGACGGCCAUGGGCAGAACGUGGCACCCCGAGCACUUUGUAUGCACCCACUGCCAGGAGGAGAUCGGCUCUAGAAACUUCUUUGAGCGUGAGGGCCAGCCUUACUGUGAAAAAGACUACCACAACCUGUUCUCACCCCGAUGCCACUACUGUAAUGGACCCAUACUGGAUAGAGUAGUGACUGCUUUGGACAAGACUUGGCAUCCAGAGCAUUUCUUUUGUGCCCAGUGUGGAGCCUUUUUUGGACCAGAAGGUUUCCAUGAGAAGGAUGGAAAGGCGUUCUGCAGAAAGGACUACUUUGACAUGUUUGCCCCUAAAUGUGGCGGUUGUGCCCGUGCCAUUCUGGAGAACUACAUCUCUGCUCUCAACGCACUGUGGCACCCUGAGUGCUUCGUCUGCAGGGAGUGCUUCACACCAUUCAUAAACGGCAGCUUCUUUGACCACGACGGCCAGCCGUACUGUGAGUCGCACUACCACGAGCAUCGCGGCUCGCUGUGCUCCGGCUGCCAGAAGCCCAUCACCGGCCGCUGCAUCACAGCCAUGGGCAAGAAGUUCCACCCAGAGCACUUUGUGUGCGCUUUCUGUCUUAAGCAGCUCAACAAAGGCACCUUCAAGGAGCAGAACGACAAGCCCUACUGCCAAGGCUGCUUUGUUAAACUCUUCAGUUAGACAGUGUGUUUGUGUAUAAAUGUGUUUCAACACCCGUCUACACAUUAAUUUUACAGGUCUAAAUGCACGUGUCUGACUCAUACAUGUCUAGCAUGUAUGAGUCAGUGAAAUGUUUUUUGAGAAUGAGGGUGUAGUUCACUGGUGGAUCACAAUAUAAAAUGUCUCCGAGUAUUGACCCUUGACAUGGAAGGGACUUCCCUGUCUGUCCAACCUCUCAGGCUUGGCAUUUCACACUUUUGCUAAAGACAUUUUUAACAGAGCCCAAAGAGAUUUUUAUUUAGAGUUUUCCUCCUGUGUGCAGCAAAGAAAACACGCUUUUCAUUUCCCCCUUGUGCGUGUGUACAUAUAUAAGCGUCAAAUUAAGAAUUCUUCAGAGCACUGAUUUGUAAAUGAUUUAAUUCCCCCAUUGCAGGGCAACCAUGGCAUCCUUUGAUGGUUUUAUGCUGAGAUAGCUGCUUAAUUGCAUGGACCAUGGAGAGUUGACUUAAGCAGUUUUAGAAUAUGUUGAGUGUUAAAUACAUAGUGCUUGGCCAAUGUUUGGAAUAAUCCAUGAAAAAUAUGUAUUUUUCUAGCUUUGGAAACUAUUUAGGUGCCAUUUAAAAAAUAACCAUGAAAACUCUCCAUACGUACAUUCACACAGACACUCACUAGACUCCUCCAUCUUCUUCUUCACUAUUUUAAAAUACCAGUUCAAACUAUUUGCACACUCCAACCACAGAUCUCUUGAUGAGACCGUCUUAAGGUGCAUUUUACAGGUGUCGGCAAGACAUUAUCUAGUCCUUAUUUUUCUACUGUUUUACAAUGAAAUUGAACCAAGAUGUUGUAUCAGUUUCAGCAGACAUUACAUUUACAUUUGUGCUCUUGUAAGUUAAGUAUUUUACCAUUGGGAGUGAGAUCAAACAUAAGUCUAUAUACAUAUAUUAAACUUUUCCCCCAGGAGCAACUCAUACUUUCCUACCGCAAAGUGUGCGUUGUGUCAUUUACAUUAAUAGCGUUCAAAUAAAACUAAACGAAAGUGACUGAUGACAAAAAGUAGGUCAAUAAGAACAAUUGAUGUAUUAUGGUCUUUAAUGUUGAACUUGUGAUGCAAUUUAAAAGAAUCCAAAACAAAGUUGAUUGUCUUUACUCCACUUUAAAAUUAGAGAUUUUCAUGCUGUAUGUACCCACGCAAUCGGUUCAGAAGAAUUCAGAAUAAUUGAUUCUUCAGUUUAACAUCUUUUCCAUAUUUUACUAUUGCUACUGUUGUGAAUUUAUCACUGUAUUGAAUCUAUUAAUAACCCUGGUUAAAGAUUUACAAUAUGGUUGUGGAUUAGAAGCAUGCUUUCUUAUAUGUGGAGUUUUAUCAGCACUAGCUGCCAGAUGCUGUUACAAUCAAAAACUAAAUUUGUAUACCUGUGAAAUGCUCGACUUUGUGACAGAACUGUGUUUUGUCACUGUUUUGAUGAAAAUAUAUAUAUUUUUGAGCUGUUUGGGCUCACACUGAUAUGCAAAGAGCUGGCUCUAUUGGCAUGGAGGCUAACAAUAGUUCACCCUGUUCUCUCACACAACGAGUACCAGCUUUGAUUCCAGUGUGUUAGACUUCCACGGAAACGCAGCCCUUAUUAUUUUCAUUUUGAGUCAUGAACUAUGAUCCUACUGUCUGAGUUUAUGUCAGGGGUCACUGAUGAAAGCUGGAUGUUGGUGUUAGCUGGUCAGGAAUCAGAAUACAACACCAAGCCAGGGCCAAGCCUCUAGCAAAGUUGAUGUUAUGACUCAUUUCAUCUUUAUCUUACCUGAAGCUCUGUUUUGUGACAUGAGUGGGGUUUUUUGUGACAAUAUUUCUUGUCUUUAAUUUUGAUUCACUAUGUGUGCACAGAGUGAAUACACAGUAUCUACAUUCAGAUUGUUUUUACUUUAAGAAGAUGUUUCUCUUGUGCCAAAUGUUUCAAUGCAAUAAGGUCUUAUACACUGUGGAGUUCUCAACCUUUCAUGUGAUUUGACUCGUUAUGGGCUGGACUCUGGGAGAGGCUUCGUCUGCUGUGGUGCAUCUCAACACCUAAUAGUUUUCACUGUAAUAGACAAGCCAAGGAGAACAGUCCGUACCGAGUCAUUCAGUCGAAAGUAUAGUGUACACUUGUAGCUGAUUCAGAUUUACAGGAAGUAGCAGGGGGAAAUAAACAGGAAUUGUGAGUUAACUUUCCCCCAUGUAAAUGUAUCUACUUACAGUAUAUUGCCUUAAAGUUUUUGCUUCUGUCAAAGAAUUCCUAAAAAAAAAAUUCAAAGCCUUUAACUGUUAAUGACGUAAAACGAACUUUGCUUUGUAAAUGGAGACAUUCAUGUGAAAUUUUACCAUUUCAAUUUGCUCAUGAGCUACACAUUUUUCUGGCUCUCUGUGUUGGUGGGGUGUAAGCCCAUGUGGGUCCUGAUUACUGACUGAUUAUUAUAACUGCUGCAAAUAAAAUAAGUUCUUUAUUUCUGGCAUUGUUUUGUCUGAAAAGUGAUUUUGUGUUUUUCUUUUCACCCAUAUCUUUUACCAAUGUUUUGCAUUAAACAAGAUCUUUGGAAAUAUUUAA